AAAAUAUAAAAAUAGCUCAUAAACUUUAUAAGAUAUAUCUAUAUUGUUUAAUAAAAUACAUCUUCAGAGAUAUUUUUUAAACUGUAAAAAUAUUAUAUAUCUUAUAAAAUUUAUUAGAUAUAUUGUAAAAAAUAGACGAUAUCUCAUAAAUUAUUUAAGAUAUCUUUAUCGAAGAAUAAAUAUGGCGUGCCAUACAAAUCCCAUUGAUCCGCCCAUGGUGGCGUCGUGGUACUUUUACUUUCAUUUUCAAUUAUAACGUGCGAGUAGCUAGCUACUAGUUAGUAGGCCUAGGCAAGUGGACAGUUAAAAAAGAAGAAGGGGGGAAAAGACUUUAAAGGGAUGAACGGAUUAGUCUCAGAUGUAACGUACAAAAUAUUGACCUGAUGGGUGGAACAUUGACCAGGACUGGGCUUUCCUUCCAAAAGGCAAAAUAUCUCGGCAGUAAAUCUGUGUGUGGGAAAACCGUAAUUAUAACAGGGUCCAAUACAGGGAUAGGGUUCCAGACAGCACUGGACUUAGCCAGGAGAAAUGGCAGGGUCAUCCUUGCCUGUCGGAAUUCCAGGAAGGGAGAGGCUGCGAGAAACAGAAUUAUUCAGCUGACAGGAAACCAGAGCGUUGUAUUUCGACAUCUUGACGUUAGUGUGAUGUCAUCCAUUAGGACAUUUGUUGAUGUAAUUAGAAUGGAAGAAAAGACAGUGGAUAUUCUCAUCAAUAAUGCAGCUGUUGUAAAUUGGAAUGAAGCAUUUACAGAAGAGGGUCUAGAAGAAACUUUUGCAACAAACUAUUAUGGACCUUUUCUGUUAACAACACUUCUUCUCGACCUAUUGAAGAAGUCUCCAGACAGCCGUAUUAUAAAUGUUGGUUCCAUUGCCAGCAUGGGGGGCUCUGUUGAUGGAGACAUGGUGAGGGUCAGCAGAGGAUUCUCUGGGGAGGAGUAUAACGACUCCAAACUCGCCCUGCUGCUGUUCACAAAGGAACUUUGCAGAAAGAUGGAGUGCACAGGUACCAGAGUAAUGUACGUUCACCCUGGCACUGUUAGAAGUGAACUAUUCAGAAAUUUACCUUGGAUUUUCAGAUUCAUCAUAAACUUUAUAAUGAGACCAUUUACCAAGACUCCUGAACAGGGCGCUCAACCGGUCCUGUUCUGCACGCUGGAUGACUCGGUCCAGACAGGAGGUUACUACAUGGACUGUCAAUUGUACGAUCACACUAUGUGGGUCCCCAAGUCUGCUUAUGAUGAGGGACUGGCCAAGAAACUCUGGGAGACCACGGAGAGAGUUAUUGUAAAUUGUCAAACUGGGUAACAUAAGAAAACAUUAUCACUGUAUAUAUGUAAUACAAAAUAACAGUACAAUGUAUCUAGAUUAGAACAAGCCCCCCCCCCCCCCCCCCCCCAAAAAAAAAAGAAUACCAAAACCAUGACUGACAUGAUCAUUUAUUGGAAAGAGGGCACCAACAGUGAUGAUGAACUGUUAUAGAUAUAUCAGUGAUGUUUACAGCCUUGUGUAACCAUGGAAAUGAAACAGGAAAAGCAUGGAACUGAGGGAUAGCAAAUGGAGAAAUUUUAUCCUUAUAUAUUUCAUGUUGUUUUGUCACUUAUCAAUAAACCUAUGCUUUUU